AUGGACGAGUUUCCGAACGAGCUGCUACUCCAAAUCUUCAGUCUCCUGCACACGCCGAUAACAUGCUUCUCUUCACCGCCUGUACCCGCUCCUUCGCGAGACCUCCUGGCGCUGUGUCGCGUCUGCCGAAGCUUCAGAGAUGUCGCGAGAUCGCUCAUCUACGAAUCCAUUGAGCGGGCAGGCGACAUGAACAACGAGGCCUUUCGUCAGCUACCACGUACUCUUCUCGAAAACGUGGAACUGUGUGGGUACAUCAAGAAUCUGAGACUGAAGAUGGAGGACGGUUUCGAGGUAGGUGAUUUUUGGGCGGGGCAUAGCCUGCGACCCGAGAACGAGCUCGAUGACGAAGAGAACGAGGAACGUGCGACUUACGAUGCAAAAUGCAUUCGCUAUCAGAGACGGCAUCAGAAGAUGCUGGAUGGCGAUGGAAGUGACGUUGACAAAGGGGUGAGCGACGUACCAGAAUACACGCCAGAAGGCUACGAGUGGCUCGGCGAACUCAUCCCGGCUAUGAAUAGCAGUCAGGCACAUGCCUCUGACCACGACCUUCUUGAGCGCGCUAUCUUGGGAGAAGAUGUACUACUUACCCCGUGUAUUCUUGCUGCAUGCAAUCUGGAACGGCUUUGGCUCCGCCUCCCAAAAUCACAACUGGACGAGGGCAGCUCAAGUUUCGUGCUCAACAGCAUUGUCCAUAGUGCCAACGAGGGUGGAUUCGAAAGGCUCAAAGUCCUUCAUCUUGAUGCAUACCAAAGCGGUAUCGAGUGGCCGGUCCGUAAUGCGCUACCUUUGUUUCGUCUUCCAAGCUUGACCGAUCUAACCAUCGGCAAUUGUGGUGAGACUGAUCUCGGACGCCCGUGGGCUGUUGGACCAGAUACUGACGACUCCGCAUUCAUGGGAGAGCCUUGGGUGUGGCCUGAUCGCACGUCGUCCAUUACCAAGCUAUCGUUACUGUCCCCGCACUUCAGCGGUUCCAUAGUCGCGAAGAUGCUCCUUGCUUGCAAGGAGCUCACCGAAUUCGAAGUGCCUACAGCACGUCUGAGUUUGCAGAUCUUGGAUUUGAAGAUUUCAUAA